GAGGGCGCGAUUUAAUUUAUCGUUACGGAAGUGCGCUGCGCCGCUCAGAGUCCACGAGUAAACAACGCUGUAUGGGAUCGCUAGGUGUUAGCUUCAAAUGUCAUGCAAUAUUAUGUUAUUGCGCCCGUUAAAAGUUACAAGCGAGAAAUCCCAAGUAGAUAAGAGGUCAUACGAAGUAACAGUUUUAUUUUUGAGUUUUUUAGUGUCAUGAUGAACGCGGAGCGACGUGAGGACGUUGUAAUAUUUGUGCUACGCUAACCUAGCCUGCUUCCAAGCUUUUUGAAUAGAAGGUAGAACGUUUUACGUGGAUAAUAUCAUGGCUGCGGGAGCGUCUUCUGGCGGUUCUCUGGAGUCCACUUUAGACAGAAAGUUUCAAAAUGUGACCAACACCAUGGAUUCAAUACAAGGGCUGUCUACCUGGUGCAUCGAGAACAAGAAAUACCACAGUGUAAUUGUGCGCCAGUGGCUCAAACAUGUGAGGAAAGCCUCUGCCUCUCACAGACUGAACCUACUGUAUCUGGCCAAUGAUGUCAUUCAAAACUGUAAAAGGAAAAAUGCCAUAGUUUACCGAACAGCUUUUUCUGAAGUUCUGGUUGACGCUUUUUUGCUGAUCAAUUCUGAUGGAGAUGCCAAGGUAAUAAGAUCUGUGGAGAGGAUAUUGUCGAUUUGGGAGGAGCGAAGUGUGUAUGAAGGCAACCUUAUAUCUGACCUGAGGAGUGCUUUGGUCAAAGAAGAGUCACCUCCAGAGACACCUGUCGAACAGAAAACACCAAUUGAAUCUAAAGCUGAAAUACGCUCUAGGAUCGUAGCUGAGUUUGUGCCUCAGGCCUUUAUUGACCAACUGUCCAAGUACCAACGCUCUGUGGACGAGGUGGACCUGAGAGAGAAGCAGCUGACCGCAAUGAGGCUCGACAUCUGCAACACCGAAACUCUCAAGAAACUUAAAGAUAAAGCUGGAGGAAAGAAAUUUUCCAGAGACUUUGAGGAGGGAAGUGCACAGCUCCAAGAGUUUGUGAAGUUUCUUGAAAAACAAAAUAAAACAUCAGCCCCGAUCCUGGAAGCUUUAACCAACGCCAACGUCUUUUAUGAAAUGCAGUACAAAGAAGUCAAGAUUGUAGCAAAUGCGUACCAGACCUUUGCUAACCGCGUGAACCAUUUGAAGCGUAAGUUGGACAGCCUGAAGGCCACUCUGCCCAGCCUGGAUGACUCCCCCCUGCCCUCGCCCUCCGCAGAUGCCCCCUCUCCCACGGGCUCCGAGUCCCCCUUCCACAGCCUGUCUCUGGCCCACCCCGACCCAGACCUGGACGGCUGUGCUCUGGAUGACGAUGCAGAACCUCCAGCUCCCAGCCCCCUGUCUUCACCAGGGGGGUCCCCAAAACAUGCAACGAUCGGCGCCAGCGACAAUAUAGAGGUGGAAGACAUGGAGCUCUCUGAUGAGGAGAUGGUCAGCGGCGGUAUUAUAGUGGAAGAGCAGACUGCGUACCCCGGUCAGACAGAGGUGCCUGGUCCCACCCCUCAGAGCUCAGACUCAUCAGUCGUCCCACAGCCGACUGUCCCGGAGGUCGCCCCCCUCGCUGCCCCCCUCACUACUCCCCGCGCGGCCGCAGUCGAAGGUGUUGACCUGGGUAAAAUUGGCUCUUUCCUCAACAGUUUGAGCUCAGUCAUAAAGAACACAGGACCCUCACAGGACCCUAAAAACCCCUCGUCCGCCUCCUCUUCUGUGGAUACUGCCUCAGCCGCUAUCGCAGUUCUGCAAGACCAGAACUCUUUGUCCAGACUCCUCUCCAAAGUGGACAUGAGCGCAUCAGACCUGCUCAGCGCACUCACCAAAGUCCAAGCCAAAGGCGGACUAGAGGGUAUCUCUUCACUUCUUAACAGCCCUUUGCCUCGUUUGUCCAACUCUCCAGCUUCAGGCAAGAAACAGCCUCCUCUCUCCUCACAGACAGUCUCAUCCCCCGCAACAAUCAUUUCAGAGACUUCCAACCAAUCGCUUCCCUACCAAAGCCCCCCUCAGACUGAGCCUCCCCCCUCUGCUUUAACCGAAGCAGAGACCUCAACAUUAUCUGACAGUCUAGAGUCCAAAAUCCACUGCUUCCUCCAGGGAAAUCCAGCCUUUAGCGCGUUUGAUUUGGGGCUUGAGUCGACUCCGACAAAUGCAGCAAGUCCCGCUCAAGAAGGGACCCCUGUGCGGGAUGAGGGAGGGAGUACACCCACACAAGACGAGGUAAUGGACAAAACAAUGGUAGGACUUAAUCCCAAUCCAGUUUCUACUGGAGAGACUAGUAGCAUUCUUCCACAGCAACCUUCAGUUGUUCCUAAUGGCCAGUCUUACCAGCCUUAUCCUUAUGCUGACAAUACAACCCAGUCAGCUAGUACAGCACCACUUGCAAAUUACCAACAAAUUUUGGCACAAAUUGGUGAUGUACCCCCCAGCGCUACCACAAACAUAACAAAUAUUGUAGAAAAAAUCAAUGAAAGUGGUUGGUUUGAUGCCAUUUACCCAGAAGGCAGCUCUCAGCAAAGUUUAAAUGUGCCUUCAGGCUCUUUGGAGAGCACGCAGCCUGGACAGUUCCCAUAUCAUUCUGUGCAAGAGCCACCAGAUGGCACUCCUAUCGACUACUACAACCCCCCUGGUACUUCAGGUUUAGCUACUGGUGUCCUGGAGCAACACCCAGCUCCCAUUGAAGAGGCAGCAUCAGGUGUUAGCAGUUUACUCAGUGGCGUUAUAGUCCAUGACCAUCAACACAAGUCCGCUUUUCAUGCAGACAAUCCACUUUGUGACCCCCUCCCCCCAGAAUAUUUAGACGAAAGGCGAUACCAUGAAGAUGAAAUGUAUCACCGUGAACGUUUUCAAGAAGAUCCUUACGGGCUUCCGGGUGAGCCCUAUUUUGGACCAAGAGUAAGAGGACGCUUAAGUCCACCCCUCUCUGCUUCAGAAGAUGAAUAUUAUGACUACCAACAUGGGGCAGCACCGUUACCAAGGAGACCACCACUUCCACACCAUCCUGAUAUGAGGAUGAGGGGGAUGAGACCGCCCCUCAGGCCUCCUCCGUUGGGACAUCACCCAAGGGGGCACCCAAGACCUCCGUUCCCAGGCGGCCGAGCUCCGGAGCCCUGGGUAAGAGGCAAAAGACCGGGGCCAAGGAGAGGAGGAGGAGGUCCCAACUUUCCCCCCAAAAGACCAUUUCCCCCGCGACGGCGCUGAAUCGAGGAGGUGAGGGGGUUAAGUGUGAAAUGUCCAGUUUGAAGACACAAGAUGCACCAGAGAUGUGAAAGGAGACGACCAGAAGAGAAGACAGAAGAGUAAAGAGAAUAAGAGGUGGAUAUAUAAUAUAAUUCACUCUUUGUGUUAUUGGUUCAGUCUAAACACGUGCUUCUGAUCAGUGAAGAGUGCUGAGUGCAUGGGGCGAGUGAGUGCAUGGUCAGAGUGAGCCUUCAGUCGCUGUCCGGGGCAAAUGAAAUCGUAAAUAGUUAUUUUUGCUAAAAGUAACAACAGAAUGUAGUUGAUGCAGUUUUUUCUGCUGUUGUUUAGUUCAUAGUGAAUCUUUAUCUAUAAGCUGUAUCCGGAGCCUUUGGUAAAUUAUCAAUUUAAAAUCAGACUUUGGAAAGAAAAAUAAUUGUUUGUUAUAUUAAUAAGUUCAUUCGUGUACAAAUUUGGGGAAACAUUUUUUAUUUUACAAGUGAAUGUAAUAUUUGUAAAACUUUGCUUUAUAAAAAAGUGCGAUAUAUCGUUUCGGCGACAUUUUCUCGUCUCGUUGAGUUUCUGAAGGAGAGCGGCACCAGUUUAACAUGAGAGAGGGGGGGUAUUUUGCAGCCUCUGAAGAAGUGCGUCCUGGAUGAAGAUUUUCAUCUUCAGUUACAUUUUACAUUGUAUUCACAAAUAAAAUCUGAGUUUGAAAACCUGUCUGUUUUAUUUCUUUGAACCGUGGACAUUGUCCUGAAAGCAUCCAAGCAAACCCACACCACAACUCACCAAAACAUGUCACUCAAA